GGCGGGGGCGGGGCCUGCGCCAUCCCGCUUUCCCGCAGGGUCCGCAGGGUCUCCGCUCGCCGCCUCCCAGGGGCGUCCGAUGGCCGCGGAAAGCCCGGCGGGGGCUCUGGCGGCCGUGCUGGGGGGCCAGGGGCUACUCGUGCACCGGUAUGACUCUGAGCCCGCCGGCCACCCGCCGGUGCCCGUGAGGCUGCGGAAGAACGUCUGCUACGUGGUAGUGGCCGUGUUCCUCAACGAGCAGGAUGAGGUGCUAUUGAUCCAGGAGGCCAAGAGGGAGUGCCGGGGGUCCUGGUACCUCCCAGCGGGGAGAAUGGAACCUGGAGAGACCAUCGUGGAGGCCAUGCGCCGGGAGGUGAAGGAGGAGGCCGGACUGCACUGUGACCCAGUGACUCUGCUGUCUGUGGAGGAGCGGGGUCCUGCCUGGAUCCGCUUUGUGUUCCUCGCCCGCCCCACAGGUACAGCCCAAAUGGGGGCAUGCACACAGGGGCCCACUGCCGCCUUGCCCCCUGGUUUGACCUCUGGCGGAGCUCUCAAGACUUCCAAGGAGGCAGAUGCCGAGUCCCUGCAGGCUGGCUGGUUCCCUCGGCUGUCCCUGCCCACUCCACUGCGAGCCCGCGAUGUCCUGUAUGUGGUCGAGUCAGCGGCUCGGUACCUGCAGCAGGCCAGCCAUCCUCUUGUUCUGCCCCAGGAGCUGCCUUGCAGUCUGGUCUGCCAGCGGCUUGUGGCCACCUUCACCAAUGUCCAGACAGUGUGGGUGUUGGUGGGCACAGUGGGGGUGCCUCACUUGCCCAUCACCGCCUGUGGCUUUACCCCCAUGGAGCAGAGGGGGGGCAUUAAGGUGGCCAUCCUGCGGUUGCUACAGGAGUGUCUGACGCUGCACAACUUGGCAAUAGAGACCAAAGGGUUACUUGGACUACAACAUCUGGGCAGAGACAAUAUAGAUGGCAUCUGCAUGAAUGUGUUGGUGACUGUGGCUUUUCGGAACCCAGGAAUCGAAGAAGAGCCCCCAAAGGUUCGGAGUGAGAACUACUUUUGGUGGAAAGUGAUGGAGGAAGAUCUACAAAAACAGCUCCUACAGCGACUGCAGGACUCCUCUGUUGUCCCAGUGAGCAGAUAGGGAGGUGCGGGCAGCGGCUACUGCAGUCAGGGAUGAUCGCGCUGAACGCAGCGGUGACUCUCCAGGUCGCAUCUCCAGGUGACUCUCCACACUGCAUCCGAUGGGACAGUGCCUUCCACCCAGCAAAGGGGCCAGAGCUCAAGGGCCGAAUUGCCCUGAGGACGCCAUGCUUUUCCUUAAGGGAGCGAGGAGCUUUCUAAAACGCAGAUGGAUUUCCCUCCUUCUCUCUACCUGUACGUUCUUCAUACGGGCUGCAUGCCGAGCCUUCCCAGCACGCAGAACCUGGCGGAGGGUUUUCCUUGCUGAGUAAAGUGUUGCUUACAGCCAUCUCUUGCCUAAACGUCUACAGGGAGCAGGUUGUCUUGGAGGCCUGCUGUCCCCUGGGCUUGCCCACAGCCACCCUGGCCUGUCCCCAACUGUCCCAGUGGUACAGAUGCUCUGU